CGUAAUAUUGGUUUUGCAGAUUGAAACAAUGCCACAAUUAGUUGACAGGUGUGAAGAAAUUAUCGCCGUGGAGGCAGAAGCUAAGAAACUCAACCUGUUUGAUGUGUUCAUGAAAAAUGAUAGACUGAAAACGGAUUACUUAACGGGAGAUCAUAUCUGUAAUUUGCUUGACUCUGAAGUGGGAGUGAAGCUAUCAGAGGAGCAGGCAAAAUGCCUGGUUGAUCGGUACACUGCUUCAAACGGCUACUUCAACUACAAGGAUUUCGCGCAGGCUAUCAAUACAAGGCUGAAUAAAAAAGUGAAGAUUGAAGGAUCUUCAAGUGCCUACGACCCGGAUGUCUCGAUUCUGAAGCCACUGUCGGCGGAUGCCUCUGCCCAUGCUCAGAGCAUUCUGGCAUUCCUGGCCAAUACUUACAAGCAGAGAAAGAUUGAUGCCAAAAAAGUGUUUGCGGCCUAUGACCCGAAAGGGACCGGGCUGGUACCCAAGGAUGUGUUCCUGAUGAAUAUGCCGGAAGAACACAAGAUGGAAUACGAGAAUCUUGAUGUGUUGACUAGGAAGUAUGCGGAUUUGAAAGACUGUAACAUGUGCAACUAUGUCAGAUUCACUAACGACCUAACCACUGUUACUAAGACACUAGACCACAAUUGUCUCAUCCAAAUGCCAAUGAUUGAGGGCUACACUAACAAAGAGGACAAGAGAGAUGCCUUGUCUGAGGUGUUGACAGUGAUCGAGAAGAUCCAAGUGCUCUGCUACAAGUUCGGAAUCCGAUCCAUCGAGUUCUUCCGAGACUACGACAAACUGAGACUGGGCUUGUGUCUUGAGGACGAGUUCAGAGCUGGACUGGAUCUGUUCACGAGGAAGUUCCUCCACUUGAGUCAGAAACAGCUGAAUGAUGUGACUAAUUUCUACAGAGUGCCGGAUGAUGGCAGGAUAUACUACAGAGCAUUCACAGAUCUUAUCGAGAACACAUUCAACAUUCCUAAUUUGGAGAAGCAGCCCUUGGCCGAAGUGCAGAGACCAUUGCAAGGAAUCCUGCAGAGGACUCUGAACCCGUUAGAAGACGUGGACGAGGGAAGACUGCAGCAGAUCAUGUCUGAGUUGGCCAACCGAGUGAGAGAUAGGCGACUCAAUGUCUUCCCCUUCUUCAAGGACUUCGAUAGGGGCAAGUGUUACAGUGGUAAUGUGACUAAGAACCAGUUUGCGCGUAUCCUGGCCAUCCUAGGCAUGACUGUGCAGCCGGAGGACUUCCGCAUCCUCUGCAAGAAGUUCGAGGAGCAACACAAGGGAGACAUCAACUACCCCGCAUUUGUACAGGCCAUAGACUACUGGUUCACGGCGUUCAAGACGGAAGUGCCGAAGCCAACUACGCAUGUUGAAGAGCCAAUGUGGCACGAGUUGCCUCUGGACACGAGUAAUGUAAACUUGAGAGAGAUCAUCGGUCGAAUUAAGGAGCACUGCAUGGUCAACAGGAUCAGGAUCAGCGAGGGUUUCAAGGACUUCGACAACCUGCGAGAGUACUCUGUCACUAACAGUCAAUUCAGACGCGGCCUUAUGACGUCUAGGGUGGCACUGACGAAUGCGGAUGCAGAAGUGUUGUGCAGUCAGUUCGCAGACCCAAAGAGAAAUGGAAGAACUAUGUGGAAGGCGUUCUGCGAUGAAAUCGACCAAGUAUUCACGCAAGUGAUUCCUAACAUGGAGCGCACCCCUCUAAACUUCCCCGCUCCAGCUGAGUCGUUCCGGAUGCCACACAAGGGAGGCAUGGACUGGACCUCGGCCACUGUGGACCACCAGCAGAUGGUGAACAACUGCAUAGAGAGGUUCAAGGCAUACAUCAGCGGGAGGAGACUCCUAGUCAAACCCACAUUCGAGAAAUUCGACAAGCUGAACCAUCGCUAUGUGAGCAGAUAUCAGUUCAAGCAGUGUCUGGCGAUGCUGGAUCUAGCAUGUACAGACGAGGAGAUGGGCGCACUGGAGGCAAAGUUCUCAGACGAAAAGGGAUUCAACUACUUCCGGUUCCUGCAGGAGUUGGAGCCUCCAGAGGAGUUGGAUAACAAGUACCUGGAGAGGAUGGAUGAGUUGAAGUUGGUCAACACUAUGAGGGAGAAGAUGGAAUUAGAAUACGAGGCCAACUUCGACCGAAUCAUGACCAGACUUAAGACUUAUCUGAUGAAGAAGCCAGUGCGAGUCGUGGAGUUCAUGAAGGACUUCGACAGGUUCAACAACAACACUAUAUCCAAGGACAACUUCAUCCGGGCCAUGGACAUCUGUGGGUUCCAGCUGGAAGAACCAGAGAAGGAGAUUAUCUACAACCACUACCAAGCGGCCUCUCAGCCGGGCAAAGUGGUAUACAGGAGAUUCUGUGAUGACUUGGAGGCAGUGUUCACCACCCACGAGAUGGAGAAGAGACCGCACUUCAAGCCAGAACAGUGGCACCCACAGCCGGCCCACUUGAUCAAUGAACUCACUCCAGAGGCCAUGAUUGAGUACAAUAACUGCAUGAUGAGACUGGCCAACAGGGUUCUGCCGACAAGGAUGCAGCUGUUCCCGCCCUUCCGUGACUUCGACAGGAACAACAAGGGCACGGUGACACGUGAACAGUUCAAGCGAGUGCUGAACGAACAACUCAAUCUGGGACCCCAAAUGACGGAGAGGGACUACAGCAUCCUGUUCAACAAGUUCUGCAACCGGUCGGGAGGAGUGGGCAUGCCUCUCGUGGACUACGUGCCCUUCUGUCACGAAGUGUACAAGUUAGCCCACAUUGACUACCAGGCACCAUAGACGACUGCAAAGCAUCGCAGCAACAAAAAGAAGAGAACAUUGAUGCACUAAAAUACAAUGAGAGGAGAAAAUGGUGAGAAACGAAGUCAACUAACUGGCCAAGCGUAGAUGUCUAAUAGUCUUAUCAUAUGAAAAGCUGCUUUAAAACGCAAAUUUAGUUUGUAUAUUGUUCAAAUUAGAUUUCAAAUCUCUUAAAACGUUGGCGUCCCUUUAAUUUAUUCCUAUCGAAGCACAAUUAAAUUUUGUAUUAUAACAAUUUUGAAUUGGUUUGACGCAUUUGGACACCAGUGUUUUAUGAAAAUUGUUCGAGUUGUAUCAUAGUAAAUGUGUAAAAAAUGUAUAUUUUGAUAUAAACUAAAAUUGCUCUAUGUAAAGUAAAAUGCGAGCUCACUGCAAUACUAGCUGCUAGGUCAAAGACCAAAUAGUUUAUAGAAUCAUAUCGGGACCCUAACUACUCUUUCAAGGCGUAUUUAGUGGAAAGCGCUUAAAUGUUUUUAAAAUGAUCUUAUAUUGUCUCUUUGAGAUAAUAUAUCUAUCGCUGAGAAGAUCCAAUGUGUUUAACAUGACCAAAGUUUUUUCCUAGUUCAGAAGCAACAAAUGCGAUUUUGUUAUAUUGAAAGCAAAAAUUAAUUUGACAUAUCUAUUUAAAUACGCUCUGCUAUUGAAAAAUGUGCCGUUUUUUAUGGGUCCAUAUCAUUAUUUUAGAGCAUAUGGUUAUGAAUUCAUUUAAAAAAAAAUGCUUCGCUUAAAUUUUAAACUUGAUAGAAAAUUGCUUCUGUUCUCGCCCUAGUUUCUGAGCUGCGUUUGAGCCAAAUAAGCUUGUACCAUGUCUUAUGCCAUAAUUAUAUUUCAUCUGUACUAAUAAAUAGGUUGAACCACGCAUAAUUUUGAAAUGCCCGUGCAACAAAAAUAAAUUAUUUUCUUCCGA